AUGGCGUCUCGGGCGAGCGUCAGUUUGACGUCUCCUGAUGCAAGCUCCAAGCGUGAAAUCGAUCUAGAGCGUAAACGUGCUCGUGACCGCAAAUCCCAGCAGGCUAUGCGGGACAGAGCAAAGUGGACACUGCAGAAUCUGACGGAACAGGUCCACGUUCUGACCAAAGCAUUGAAAGAGCAAACAGAACAUGCGAAUCAGGUCAAACAACGAAUGCAAUAUCUGGAGUCGGAGAACGAACACCUACGUGUCCAAAACGCAGCGCUGCGGUUGAGCCUCCUUGGAGAUCCGAAGCGAAAGAAUUCGGGCACUCUCAACAUUCCUAUUUGGAAACUUCCACCAAAUAACUGCCCGCCAAUCAGUCUUAGCGAUUCGAUUCUGCAAGAUGCUGUUACCCGGAAAAGAACACAACUGGCUAGUAAUGCGCCAAGUCCUGCCACUACAGACAGCUUACAAGCACCAAACUAUCCCCCGAGGCCAAAUUUCUGUGCACUUAUAGACAAAGAGGUUCGCGCCGAUGACGACAUCAGCAACCUCGUGAGCGAUGUCAUCCGUAGCUAUUCGGCGAUCGAAACUCUUCCCAAUCAAGUUGCUGUAGCAUAUGUUAUGGUCACUUUUCUCAGAUGGCAAGUCAUGCUUGACGAACCGAGUUGGAAUCAUAUGCCGGAAUGGCUGCGUCCGACGCAAGCACAGCUGACAAAGCCGCACCCAGCUUGGAUCGAUCGCAUGCCUUGGCCGGGAAUGAGAGACUGCUUGAUCGAUCAUCCAGAGAUCACUUUAGAAGACCUUGCUGUUGUCUACAGCUCAAGUUUUUUUAUUCGCUGGGAAUAUGAUCCUUCCCACGUCCUGAUAUCAGUGAACAGCUCUUCGAACGUUGUGAUUACAAACCCAAUCUACGAGGAGCACAUCCGGCAGUUGAAAAACUGGUCUCUUGGGGAGCCUUUUCGCAAAAGGUUUCCCGAAUUGGCUGAAGCAGCUGAUCGAGACAUUUGUGGGGGGUAAUUAAAGGUACCCAAAAAAACCGACUUUCAAUUCCGGCCUCGAGGGUUCUUAAUACUACAGGAG